GAAUUAUAAAUUUACUUGACCCAGAGGGGCGUGGACUAAUUAGCUACGCAGAUUUUUGUGAGGGAAUACAGCAGAUAAUUGAGAUACAGCAACAAGCUGCCAGGACCUUUAAGAGCAGUGUCAGUCAGGAGACCUUAGUCAGUGAAGACACGCUCGUCCCUUUAGACAUCGCUGGGGACCUUUCGGUGUUAGAGACCCACAAGCCUAACUCCACCUCCAGCAGCCAGUACACCUUUGCUGAGUACGACUUGUCUGGGUUUGACGACUUCUCAGGGAUAGGCCUGAACCUGAAUGGUAGCACUCACCAGUCUAACAUUAUCCUGCCGCAAACUGAACUCAACGGAAACCCUUUUCUGCUGCCACACCUCUCUGAAGAUGAGGGAGAUAGCGCCAUAAGUGGGAAAUCUUCUGAAAUCAAUGAGAACAGCCGUCAGGAAAUAACAGAUGAAGAAAACUAUGAAGACUAUGGAGAGAUCGAAUCAGAAGCAGAUGUCUCUGAUCAGGGUCAUCUAACUCCCUCAACACAGAGAAAACGAUCAGACAGAAAGGAUCCCCUUUCUCGACACCAUAAAAAAUCGUGUCCGAACCGCAGAAUUACAUCUGCAGCGCUUGCUAGUCAACUUCAACGAAGUGCCCGCAACUCCCCAUCUAGUACCAGACGCAGCAGUUUUGGCUCGGAUGAAAUAUUUGACGAUAUUGAAGGCAACUUUCAGAGUGUUGAUGGCAGGUUAAAGUUUUUAGAAGACCAGCUGCAGCAUUUGACACAAGUUCAGACAGAGACCAACACCAAGCAGAUCAAGCUUAAAGACGAAAACAAUAUUUUAGUGCAGAAAGUCAUCUACCUAGAGGAGCAGUUGCGAGACAUGGAGGUGAAAUCAGAAGACAGAUUGUCUGAAGAGCGAAGGAAGUACCAAGAAUUUAUGUCCAAACAAGAAAGAGAUAAAAAUGAACAAGUUGAUUAUAUUACACAAAGGUUACACAGAAUAGAGCAAGAGUAUGAAACUUUAAAGCAGGAAGCACCCAGAUUACAUGCAGAGAUAGCUAAACUUAGAACGGAAAAAAUGGACAUACAAGAAAGGUUACUAGAACGGCAAGAGACUUAUAAUAUUCUGUAUGACGACCACGAAAAGUUGAAGGCAGAUUAUCACAAGCAAGAGGUUUUACAUCAGAAAGAGAGGCACAGUACGGGUCAGUUGUUAGAUGAAAUGGGAAAAGAGCUGGAGGAACUACGGAGGUACAGGAUUGACAUGGAGAAUGGUGCCAGGUCGCCCAGCGGGAGUAUAUCCGAGCUGCCUGGACGCUACCGGGACUUGCAGAAUGAGAUUCACAAGCUGAAAGAGGCGAUGUGGUCAGAAUGGAAGGAUUUGUGGAAGGAAAACCGGCAUCUUCAUGACUCGAAUGAAGAGCUGAAUGCCCAGCUUCUCAAUCAGUGUAUCGGGGAAGGUAAAUCCUUGCUGGGAAAUACAGAAGGCCAGUCUCUAGCACAGGAGCUGGAGCACCUAACUAAAGAAGAGCUCCUGGCUCAGCUGAAACUAGAGCGUGAUGUAAACUUUCGGCUCAAGCAGUAUGUGGAUCAUAUUAUCAUCACAAUCCUUGAAAAAAAUCCUUCAUUGCUGGAUAUAACUCACAGGUGAAGGCUGCUUACAAGUCCGCCAUGCCUUCACAUUUCCCUGUUACUGCAAUAUCCAUUUCCCUUAUUCCCUGUCCACAAUAGAAGUUUACCAUUUGUAACAAGAUUUAUACAAGGUUCAUACAAAAGACUACAAAUUUUUACCUGUGGUGUUUAUUAAUAGGAAAGGAAAUCAUAUUUAAUAUUUUACGCGUUUAAAAAUUACUUUUAUAUUUUGAAAAAUGUUAAGCAGCUGUUUUGAAAUUCGACUCUCAAUGUUAUUUUUAUAAUCGUGCUCCUUGUGGUCAAUCUUCUGAUGAAGAGGAAGUUGUUUAGGCGAGAUUUAGAUUAAAAAAUAAACCUGCCUGCCAUUAGGGACAGACUCUGUGUAAACAGACACUGGAGAUUUUAGUUGCAACUUUUUGAUUAGACCCUCGUCCAGGGAGCUGCAAGUACGAACUUCAAGCAUUCCAUUUUAACAGUAACUUGGCCUUGUGUUUCUAUGAACACCAAACACAUUUUUUACGACAGUUUGUCAUUUUUAACUUUUUUAAACCUGUUUGUAAAUUACAAUCUGUGUCAAAUGUACAUAAUGUCCAACUUGUUUGAAAGGCUCGCACUAAAGAGCUACAGUUGUUUUAUUUUAGUUGUGUAAAUAAAUAAUCUGUUGUGUGGGCGAGGACCUGCAGAGUCAUUUGAGAGUACAAAUAUUGAGGUCAGAGUUGAAAGUACAAAUAUUGAGGUCAGAGAUCAAAUUUUAUGUGCACCUACCCAUUGUGCUGUUGGGCUAUAUUUAACCACAUUUUUAACACUUGUAAAUCCGCAGUUAGAAGAAGUCUAGGGCAUUUGAUCCGCCUUUACUGCGGACCCAAUACUGUGAUAACACUAAAUAAAAAUCAAUGUACAAAAAAAUAAGCACAAAUGUAAACAAAGUUUUAGCAUGUCUGUAAAGAAUUUCAAAUUUUAAGGAAUGUACAAAAUUUUAUUUAGUAUUUUCACAUACACAAAUAUUUCAGUAUACUAUAUGGACUUGUGUUUUACAAAUAUUGAAGAAUUUUAUAAAAAGUUUAGUUGUAGGAUUUUCUCUUGAAGAAACCUUGUCACUGUGUGAAGAUUAAUGUACAAAACAGGUGAAAAAACUCUUUUCAUAAUCUUUUUAAUUAUACCCUAUAAGUAUAAGUAACAUUUUUAAACAAUUUUUAACAAUACAAGUCUUUCAAAUAGGACUAACCCGUCUCAGUACAUCAAACAAUUUUCUGGCUACUAUUUAAAAAUUUGCAAGCCUUCUAAUAAAAACUGCUCUAGCUUCUGUUGGAAACCUUAGCAUUUAUACUUUAUUUAUUUCUUUUUUUUUUUAAUAGUUUGCUGUAGUAUUCUGCCAUAAAAGCUAACGUAGUUCAGUGAGACUUAAGAAAAAUAAAUCACCAUAUCUCAUAACACAAAAUUACAACAUAUUGUUUAUACCUGGUGCAAGUUAAUAUUGUGAAAAACAUUUUAUAAUAAUAAAUAUUGAUGAUGUUGUAAAUAUUGUAUGAUUGUAAGACCUUGUCGGCUGCGGAAUUACUUUUUUUGACCCAGUGAAAAACAUCUGUAUUUUGUUUUUGUAUAUUGUUGCGCUUUUAAUUUAAUGCCAAGCUUAGACUGGUUUAGUUUUUGUUACCUUCUUAGUUGUCCAAUGGCAUUUUAAAUUGUAACCCAGCUUGUUUAACCAUGGGCUGUAGGUCUAGUGUGGCUUUUAGUGAUGGCUCACAGUGUUAGAUUUUGUUUUACCUUGUGACCAUGUGUGUGAUUCAACUGUAGCUAUGCACAUCUUCGAUGAAAUGUUAAUUGUUGUUGAAAUCUAUAUAACUUAUUUAAGAACAAGAACUAGAUGUGGACACCCAGAAAUAUCAUCACCCUGCGGAGUGGGUUAAGAAUGUUAUGACAGUAAGCUACCUAAGAAUUGUGGGUAUUCUUGUGGCUGUAUGAAUGGAACAUUUUGCCAGCUGUUUGGAUGGCUUGUGGUCAUAGUAUGAGCAGUCGUAGUACAUGUGAAAUGGUAGUCUGACCUCUUAAGUUCAAGAAACUUUGAAGAACAUUAUGUUGAACAUAAUGCUUCAUUUCGAUUGAAAGAUAGCAAGCUGUGUUUUUCAUUUAAACUUAACGUCAACCCUAUCUAAUGCAGACUUACUAGUUUUCUGAUUCUGUUUAUAAUGAAUUAAUUCUUUCAUCUGAACUUAAUUUUUAAAUAUAUAAUGUGUUGUCCAUGUAAGAAUGAAAUGUUUUCUAGUUUUUGCAGAAGCCUCAAACACAGACUGAUAAACUUUAGUAAAAUAAAUUUUUGAUUCCAAGUCUGAGUGCUGAAUGCCUAUAUUUUGUUACAGUUUCCUGUCCACAUAUUAUUGCCUUACCUAUUUGGCGUGUAUUUGGUACCUUGCGGUGAUUUGUCCAAGUGAUUCUAAUUUCUAUCGCUAUCAGUCCUAAAAAAUACUUAAGAAUUGAGAUGUUGAAACUAGUGUUGUAAAACUGAGAUUUGUUUCUCACACUCU